GCGGCAUAAAACCGUUACGAAAAAUUCAAACACCAACACACAUAAACAUUCAGAACCGUACUUUUGCUAGUUUCAAAACCGUACAAUCAAAACAACAAAAAAAUAUUUGGAAUUAAUUUAAUAAAUAAGCUUCCAGCUACUAUAUUUAACAAAAUCAUCAACUGUAUCAUUCAAGGUCUUUGUUUAUCAUCAAAAUCAAUCAUUUGUGAGGCACUGAAUGUACUAAAAGCUCAAAAUCAUGAACGUAAAAGUCAGUGAAAUAUUUACAUCGGCUGGAAAAGCCUUCAAUACACUAGGAGAUCUAAUAUUACAAGUUCAGACGGAUAAAGAAGGGAGCUCUAAAUGGAGUCAAGAGGAAGUUGACAUGCUGAAAAAUUCAGUAACGAAAUUCAAUGAGGACUUAAAUCAAUUAAGUAGUCACAUUAAAGCAAAACAAACAUCCCAAAUAAGACAAACGCUGAAGAACAAAUCUUAUCAGCAAGCUGGGCUUGUUCCUAAAGUUGAGCCUGUCGUGAAGCCUACAAUCACUCAAACACCUGUCGUCAUACAAGAACAAGUCAUUUUUCAUCAUCAACAGCCUGCAACAAUUAAGAUUGAACAUCAACUUCCUGAGAAUCUUGUUCAACAGCCACAACAAACAACAUCGCAUAUGACACUUAAUCGUUUGAAUGCAGCACAUGAAGAGGAGAUGGAUGUCGAGUCAGAUUUCCAAAAUGAAGUUAAAAUCGAGACGAGUUAUUCGGAAGUUUCUUGAAGUAAAGCCACUGACGAGGUUGUGGAAUAUCUCGAUCAUGAGGAAUAUCUAACAUGAAAUCAUUAAAGAACAUGCUAAUUUAUGGACAUACCUUGUACAAUUCGAUAUAUAAUAUCUUAGCUAUUCAUGAAAUUUUAAUUUUGUAAAAAGGAACUAAAGUUAAGGAUUUAAUGGAAUUAAUUUAAAAUUAUUGAGAUAUACAGAGAAUGAUAUUUGAGGAUAACUAUAAAGUUUUUGUAGGUUUUACGAUGUAUAAAACAUAUUUGUGUGUAGCUCAUAAAUAAUAAAAGUUAAGGAUUCUCUAGGAACUAAAGUUUGU